AUGGUUGAUGUUGCAGUGGCGAGUCCACCGGGCGGCGCGGGCGCUGCAGAGCCCCGGCCGCCGCCGCCCGCACCACGCAACGGAUCACCCAAACAAGGCGCCCUCACAAUAGUCCGUCGGUCCUCCGGUCGCAGUAAGACGGAGAGUUCUCCUCCGACAGACGAACAGCUAGACCAGCUAGAUCUAGACACUGAACACUUGCCCGCCGUUGAUACGCCCGAUGCAUGCGAUAAAGCCGCACUUAGAUUACGCUACCUCUUAAGACAGUUAAACAGAGGUGAAAUACCAGCGGAAACAUUACAAAAAAAUCUCCACUAUGCCGCACGAGUACUCGAAGCAGUAUACAUCGACGAAACCAAGGAUAGGAGAGCCCCGGAGCAGCCGCGAGCGCAGCCGGCUCCACUCCACAUGAGGCGCCUACGCACCCCGUGCUGGGCGAAGUGUUCCAUAGAGAAACCAAACGAAGCAAAACCGGCUGUGGCGCGACAGCAAUCGGCGCCGACCCUGGUGUUUAGGAGACUGGCAGACGAAGAUGAUGAGUUAUCCGAAGUGCAACCAGAUGCUGUACCACCAGAAGUACGGGAAUGGCUUGCGUCAACGUUUACGAGACAGUUGGCAACAGCAAAACGGAAGUCGGACGAAAAGCCAAAAUUCAGAUCUGUGGCUCAUGCAAUCAGAGCUGGAAUAUUUGUCGACAGAAUUUACAGAAGGGUCACAAGUACAGCCCUUAUGCAAUUUCCUCAGGAUGUUGUUAGAGUUCUCAAAACUUUGGAUGAAUGGUCAUUCGACGUGUUCGCGCUCCACGAGGCAGCAGCGGGGCAGCCGGUGAAGUAUCUAGGAUACGAGCUCUUGAACAGAUAUGGAAUGAUUCACAAAUUUAAGGUGCCGCCGACGAUUCUAGAGAACUUCCUCAGUCGGAUAGAGGAGGGUUAUUGCAAGUUUCACAACCCCUACCACAAUAACCUCCACGCAGCGGAUGUCGCACAAACUGUACACUACAUGUUGUGUCAAACUGGACUUAUGAAUUGGUUAUCAGAUUUGGAAAUCUUCGCAACUCUUGUAGCGGCGGUAGUACACGACUUCGAACAUACUGGCACCACAAACAACUUCCACGUGAUGUCGGGCUCUGAGACCGCUCUGUUGUACAAUGAUCGAGCCGUGCUGGAGAACCAUCACAUCAGCGCUGCUUUUAGAUUAAUACGCGAAGAAGAAUGUAACAUAUUACAGAACUUGUCACGCGAUGAGUUCCGCGAGUUCCGUACACUCGUCAUCGACAUGGUGUUAGCUACGGACAUGUCCUUCCAUUUCCAACAAUUGAAGAACAUGCGGUCCUUGUUAUCUCUAGCUGAGCCUACUGUGGAUAAGUCUAAAGCCGCGUCUUUAGUGCUCCAUUGCUGCGAUAUAUCACAUCCAGCUAAGAGGUGGGACCUCCACCACCGAUGGACUAUGAGUCUCCUCGACGAGUUCUUCCUUCAAGGUGACAAAGAACGUGAACUCGGUCUACCAUUUAGUCCCCUCUGCGAUAGAAAUAAUACACUUGUCGCGGAAUCCCAGAUCGGUUUCAUAGAUUUCAUUGUAGAACCCAGUAUGGCAGUUUGUGCGGACAUGUUGGAAUGUGUUUUGGGACCGUUACAUUCAAGUACUAAGACCUCUAGUAGUUCUGGACAGGAGUCUAUUAGUGAAGAAAGCACAGCGGAAACAAAUAAUAAAUUCAAAAUCAAGAAGCCAUGGGUCACCUGUCUCAUGGAUAACAAGAAAAUAUGGAAGGAACAAGCUGCAAAAGAUGCAGAAGCCAGAGCCAAACUGGAAGAAGAGACGAAUGGCACUUCACAGCCUACAGACGAA